GGGGGCGUCAGGGCUCGCCAUGGCAAGCAAGAAGGCGGCGUGCGUGGAUGCGCCCAAACGGAGCAGGAGUCCGCUGGCGUCCGAGGCGGAGAUGUUCGGCGAAUUUCAGGACUGGUGCCUGCGCACUUACGGGGACUCUGGCAAAACCAAGACCGUCACUCGGCGGAAAUACAACAAAAUCAUGCAGACUUUGUUGCAAAACGACGAGGCGGACGGCGUCUACGUGCAGGACAACAGCCACAUUAACGCCAAAUUCAAAUUCUGGGUCAAGUCGAAAGGAUUUCAGGUGGGCGCCGGCGUCUUGGGAGAGCACAACAAGAAAGGAGCUCCGGGGAAGCCCGUCCUCUACGUCCCGGUCAAGUCCACGUGUUCGGACGGCAAUUCGGCCCAGGACAAUUCGUCCCUGAAGCGUGUGGCCGUGGUGGAAGACUUCUUCGACAUCAUCUACGCCAUGCACGUGGAGAUCGGCGCCGACCCCGGCCGGGCGCCCAAACACGCUGGCCAGAAGAAGACCUACAAAGCGAUCGCAGAGACCUACGCCUUCCUGCCACGAGAGGCGGUGACUCGCUUUCUAAUGAGCUGCGGCGAGUGUCAGAAGAGGAUGCACAUCAACCCCAGUGCGGCAGAGUUCAAAGAAAAUGACCGUCCGACGUCGCUGGUGCCAGACCUGAUUGACUACAACAUGCCCUUGACUGCCACCUACCUGAAGCAAAUGAAGCUGCAGUGCAUGACUGCCACUGAAAGGGACGACUCGUCGGUCAGCAGCGAGGACACUGACGGCGCCGAGCCAGUGUGGGCGGCAUCCCGGCGGCCGGUGGCAGUGGCGGAUGAACCUGCUCCUCCCAACGACCCGCCGCCCGCCGUCAAGGAAGAAGACGCAGAUGAGGUAUCUUCAGAGAGCAGCGGCGGCGGCGGUGGCAACGGGAUCGCAUGGCCCCCUGACGGCGGCGCCACGUAUGGGGAGCCGAGCGAGAACGGCUCGGCCGUCCCCCUGGACUUCAGCGGCGCCUCGGACGAGCGGCGGUUGCUAAACCCAAGCGAACGACGGCCGCAAGUCGGCUCUGGCUCUUCGUCGCCGCCACCUUCCAACUCCUUCCCGGCAGAGCCUGGCAGGAAAUACCCACUCAAAAGUCAAUAUGCCAAGUCUUCGCCUCCGUACAGCUACGACUCGGCCAGGACGGAAGCUGUCGGCACCGACGGAAACGGUGGUGCUGAGGACUUGAGCUCUGGCCGCGCAGCAGUGGCCGACGAUGAUGACGACGAUCACGACGACGACGGCGACAAGCUGAACGACGUCGAGGGGAUGGACCCGGAGAGACUCAAAGCUUUCAACAUGUUUGUGAGGCUGUUCGUGGAUGAGAAUCUGGACCGCAUGGUGCCCAUCUCCAAGCAGCCCAAGGAGAAGAUCCAGGCUAUCAUGGAAUCAUGCGGCCGGCAGUUCCCCGAGUUCCAGGAGCGCUCACGCAAGCGCAUUCGCACCUACCUCAAAUCUUGUCGCCGCAUGAAAAAGAGUGGUUUCGAGAUAAGACCGACGCCCCCUCACCUGACCUCCGCCAUGGCCGAGAACAUCCUGGCCGCCGCCUGCGAGAGCGAGACCCGAAACGCUGCCAAGAGGAUGCGCCUGGACGUCUACCCGGCGGUAAGCGUCCGUUCAGCAGGCCGGCCAGAGGGUGCGAGCGUCCCGACUAAAGGUGCGGGUUCCCCGCAGGACGAAGCUGCCGUCCCGCCGGAUGAGGAUCCCCCUCCUGCGGCACCGUCGGGCUUGGUGAUUUCGGCCGCGGCUUUUGCCCAAGACCAGCUCUAUGCCAACGGAGGGCUCAACUACAACCUGCGAGCAUACGGACCGGUCGCCGCCAACCGGCAGAAUGCUGCGCCACAAAGCAACGGUCCGACAGAUCUGAGCAUGAAGUCGGCGGUGGCGGCGACAGAUGCCUCGUCCUCCAACAGUUACGGGCAGGGCGGCGGCGGCGGCGGGGGUGGUGGGGCCUCGGCCCAGCUCAGUCCCCCAGAAGUGACGGCGGUCCGGCAGCUGAUCGCCGGCUACCGGGAGUCGGCCGCCUUCCUGCUGCGCUCGGCCGACGAACUGGAGAACCUCAUCUUGCAGCAGAACUGAGCGCGGGUGUGUGGACGGUCGGCGGAAGGUACCCGCGCCCGUCCCGCCCGCCGUGCCGCUAUUUAUGCAUCGGCUCCCCUUUGACCUCAGUGCUCCGUCUUCUCUCGUCUGCCCCCUUUGUCUCAGGAAGUCAAGUCAAGUCAAGUGAUGAUGUGUGUAGAAAACAAAAACUAGUGCGCUCUUUCCCAACCUUUUCUCCCAGCACCGAGAACAGACAAAAAGCUGUCUCAACCAUAUAGAUAUUGCAUAUAUACAGAGCUCCAAUGGGACGGUCUUGGUCGGCCAUCUUGUGUCUGUGCCCUUCCAUAAACAUUAGCUUCAAUCACGGCGUUUUCAAACAACUUCCUUCUUCAUAAAUGUCAGAGAUGCCAUAACUGAACCCUUUUAUGUACAAAUUUUGUUCAUUUUUUCUUUUUAUUCCAUUCAUGUGAGGCACAAGUCUUAAACUUGCAGUAGCAAGACAAUAUUUGAUAUUUCUUUUACAAACUAAUAUAUCCCAUACUCUGCUGUCCCUAAAGCGUAAAAUGCAUCCUUAAUUUUUUGUUCAACACCCAGCACAAAUCAAUUUUUCCAAACCAAAUUUUUUGAAAAUCCUUCAAGAGUUGCAGAGUACUUUAGCGAAGAAAAUCGCUUGCCUUAGCUUGCCCGAAAAAGAGCCCACUACUGUUUCAAGAUGGCCGCUGGCUAGCAACUCCUCCUAGCUCUCUAUCUAUGCGAUAUCUACGGGCGUGAUGGCCCGCGGCCGGCGUAGGUUUAAGAACAGUGAAGCCCGAGUUGUUGAUUUUCCCACUCAUUGAGCAAAAUUUUUAGCAGGUGGCGCCCUCUAACGGUCGGGAGGCUCUGAUAAACGAUAACGUCGGCCCGCUCCAAGUAAAGAUAGGAUAAGAUCACCCUGGGCUCAAAAUAAUGACAGUGUGUUUGGAAUGUUUCAUUUUCUUUAUCCUCUGCAAAAAAAACGUCAGGAUGACUUUUUAAAACUAUGAUUUUGAAUGAACCCUUUAUAGGUCAUUUUUGUUCAUUUACGCAAUUUAAUAUGAUUCAGUGAUGUUAGCUUUGCAUGUACAUGCAAAAGCUAAGAAUAGUGUUUCAUAAUCAAAAAUCCACGCAAGUAACAAUAAAAAUUACAGAACUCGUUCAUAGCCCGAGCACUUUUUUUUGGUGGUACAAAUCACAUAAUUUACACAUUAAAAAAUUCAGGAAGUUAAGGGGCAAAAUUUGCCAAAAACAUACCAAUUUAUUUCUAAUGGCCAAUAUUUCCCAUUAAUUUCCAAUGGCCUGAAUAUUUUGUAUUUAUCAAUUUAAAUGAACAAAAAUAGUAAUUUUCUCUAUAAUGGGUUCAAGGUCAACUUUUGAAUAGCUGUCCACUGUAGUGAACCCUGGCCCUGAAAGGGCUGAACCGGGGGUCAGCAACCCGCGGCUCUUUAGCGCUGCCCUCGUGGCUCCCUGGAGCUUUUCAAAAAUGUUUGAGAAUGGUAAAAGAUGGGGGAGGGAAAUAUAUAUUUUGUAGUUUUAAUAUGGCUUCUGUGGAGGACAAAUAUGACACAAACAUUCUUCUAAUUCAUUAAUAUUGUAUUGAAGUUAAACUUCAGGUGGCAUCGUACAACAGAGUAGUCACAUGGUGCGUCAUUCUCUAUAGCAGUGUUUUUCAACCGGUUUGCCGCGGCGAGAGAUUGUCAGGUGUGCCGCGAGAUAUUAUCCAAUAUCGUUUUUUUUCACGUCGUCCGACAGAGAUGCAGUAGUAAGGAAAGAGUGGGAAGAAAGUUCUUGGUCGUGUGCAGAUGACCGAAGUAUUUCUCGUGUCGCGUUCAAGAAUUUCUCGGAUUUCUGGCCACCUUGCUGUCUGUGACAAUGUGGACCCCAGCAAGUCUACUGUACAUCAUUUGAAUAGAUUCGUCAAGUGUCGAUAUAUAUGAAAGUGUCCUCUCCCUUUUAUCCAUAUGUGGCGACCGUCAAUCCUCCCCCUGUGUUUGAUUCCAACACAUUGUCAAGGAUAGCAAAGUGGCUGAUGGCUAGAAAUCCCAGCAGUUCUUGAACCCAACACGAGCAGCACCAUGGUGCCAAGCAAGCUUAAACGUCAUCUCAAAACGAAAUACCCGUCGCUUCAAAACAAGUUGAUGGACUAUUUUGUUUGUCUUUGUUAAAACACAGAGAAACAGGCAACUUUUUUUUUUUAGAAAAACUACAAAGGUAAAUGAGAAAGCCCCCUCAAAGCCAGUUAGCUUGUUGCUGAACUUGUUGCUAAAUCCAAAAAGUCCCACACUGUGACAGGGACAUUAAUACAACCUGUCUGCAAAGCCAUUGUCAGCUCGGCCCUGAUGCGGCUAAGGACAUUUUUAAGUCCCCUGUCUGAUAAUUCUGAGCGUUUCAAGCAUAACCGCUAUAAAAAAAAUAAAGAAAAACAGACUGAGAGCUGUUGAAAAAGAUCUUUGCCAGAAUAUCGGCUUUGUGUUCAUCUAUACAGGCUAAUGUUUCACACAGAGUAAGUAUAAAUACUGAGAAAUUAUUUUAUGAUUAAAGAUAGAGUACAGAAUGUAAUUUUGGAACAUUUACGGUUUGUGGUGAGCGGCAACAUUUUUACCAAUGUGAAAACGUGGCGUGACUCAAAAAAGGUUGAAAAACAUUGCUCUAUAGGAUGCACUGCAAGAAAAAUAAACAUUUACCAUAUUUUCCGCAAUAUUAGGCGCCUCAGCGUAUAAGGCGCACCUUCAAUGAAUGGUCUAUUUUAAAACCAUUUUCAUGUAUAGGGCACACUACAUUAUAAGGUGCAGUAGUAGUAGUAGCAUUAGCUGGCGUUGCGUUAUGCAUGCACAAGAUGGAGCUGAGCUAAAUGGAACGUCAUGCCAUGAUUAACCAAUAUAGAUCCAUAUAUAGGGCACAUCGGAUCACAAGGUGCACUGUUGGCUUUUGAGAAAAUUGAAGGCUUUCAGGUGCGCCUUAUAGUGUGGAAAAUACAGUAAUCAUGAAGGCACAUUAUGUAUUUGUAGCCAACUUUGUCAUUUUGAUAAUAGGCUAAUAUAGCUAAUAUAGAUACAUACAGCAUGCGUUGUCUUCAUUAAAAGGCUUUUACAGGGUGGGGCAGAGUAUCUUGCUUAUUCAAAUUUGACACCCUGAAGCGAUGGUUGCUCUGAGGAUGGUAGGGAUGAAUUUAUUUGAGAGGGUGGGGCUUAAAGUUUUUUUUUAACGUGCGUUAUUUAUUUUGUGUUUAUUAUUCAGGAACGUAAAGAAGAAGAAACCUGGCCUCCCAAAGCGCCUCACAUGCUUUUUCACGAGCAAUAACAUCGCAUGGAUUAAGUUCCUGCUCCAUUGCUAAUUUGUAGGGAUGAAAUUUAAAUUCUUCAUGGAGGAUUCGUCUCACAGAACGAGCAGACAACCCAAGAGCGGGUGCAUGCUUGCGGGCAGACCGUCGUGGAGAUCUCAAAUCAGAUUGUCUCACCACGCCAAUGUUUUGGGGUGACCUUGCUGUUCGUGGGGGGCCAGGUUUCUUUUUCUUUACAUCACCCAUUUCCCUGAAGUUGUUUACCCAUGAAACAAUCGACUGCCGGCCAGGAACAUGACCAUACGGGGUAAUAUUGUAAUGUCUACUGAAUCUGCAUUGCGAUGCUUGAACAACCGCUUGAAAAAAAUGCCGCAACAGCGAAACUGCGUUCCAAAUUCGUCCACUCCAUGAUGCUCACUGGGGUUCCUGAAAAAUAAACACAAAAUAAAUAACGCACGUUAAGAACCAAACUUUAAGCCCCACCCUCUCAAAUAAGUCCAUCCCUACCAUCCUCAGAGAAACCAUCAUUUCAGGGCGCCAAAUUUAAAUAAGCAAGUUGCUGUACCCCACCCUGUAAAACGCUUUCAAUUUUUUGCGGCUCCAGACAUUUUUGGUUUUUUUUUUGCUCCAAUAAGGGCUCUUACAACAAUAUGGGUUGCCAACCCCUUGGUUAACCCCUUAACAGGCAAGUGAUUUGCUAUUACCACUACUAAUAAUAAUUGCAAUUUGAUUGGCCCUCCCAUUUGAAAGGAGUCAAGGAGUUCCUUUAGCAAUGACACAACAAUUGUUCUUUGCUGCCUUUUCUUCCCACUCCGAAGCUUUCAAACACACUGCGAUUAUUCCGAGCCAGUUUCGAAGGUCGUUCAAGUGAAUGAGCAUUUUUCCAGACUCCGCCCGCCUUCCUGCAAGAGAGAGAUUCAAUGUUGAAAAUGGAUGAUAAUCAGCGCAGCAGCAUUGUAGCCAAUUUCAAUGUUGGGAACUGACUUUUCAGCACUCGCACAACCUUUUUCUUCUUCUUCUUCUUCUGGUCGGUGUCGUUGUCGUUGUCAUGGACCAAUUGACGGCUGUUCCUCGGCAGAUUGAAAAGCGCAAGAGACAAUCUUUGACGGACGACAUCACGCUUUUGUGAUCGUGACUCGCUCGGCAACAAAUGUGCUUGUCAAGUGUGCGUGUGUGCGUGUGCGUGGAUUUGUUUUUGUGUAAAAGUCGAGAUGUCAUUGGGUCGCUCAGCACAUUCCAAACAAGGACGGCGACGGUGCGGGUUGUUUUUACAUAUUUGAUAACUGGUGGAAGGAGACGCCUGAUGGCGGUAGAUGUCCAGUCCAUUGCUAGCAACGGGAAGGGCAAUUUAUUUAUUUAUUUAUUUGCAUCACAGUGUCCUUGCGAUUGAUCGACUGAUUCAAAUCGACAGAAUUGGCUUCUUUUUGGAUUGGACAUGCGUCCCCAUCAAUGACGCUCCGUGAGUUAACAUGUGUAAAUUCCACAUUGCAAAAAAAUAUGACGUAUAUAUAUUUUUUCGAUUACUUUUCUCCUUAUUUAAAUUGUAUUUCAUUCAUUUUUCAUAUUACAGACUGAAUAAUUUUGGGGGAGACAUUCAAAAUGGAUUGGACGUCUAUCCCCGUUAAUGGCAGUCAAUGAGUUGACGUGUCUAAAAUCCACAUUUUUUUCUUGGUUUGUGAAGUGACGCUGCGAUGUUUUCUUUAUCCUUUGCAAAAAAAAAAAAAAAAAAAACGUUAAUAUAAUUUUUGGGGGGACAGGAAAAAUGAAUUUUUUUCAUAUUUUCAAAUUGAUUUCAUUUGAAUUUAACGAUUUGACAUGAUCGUUAUUAGAGAGCGUCGACUCGCAUAAGCAUUUGUCAAGGAAAAACAAUCAUACCAGGGCUUUUUUGACACAUUCAAAAUGGCGCUAGAACACAGCUAGCAAACGCUAGCGAACGUGACAAGAAAUAUAUCAAAACACAUCAUAGCACAAAAAAAUGUCGCCUCUAGCCAAAUGACAGAGCAGUGGUAGGCGAAAGAAUGAUGGAAUGAAAUGUUCAAACAACUGUUCUAAUGAACAAUUCUGCUGUUAUAUGAAGGAACGUGAAUGAAUUGAAAUGAACAUACGUGAAUGACAGCCAAUGAGUUGAUUUUGGCUUUCUUUUAGGUGGUAAAGUAUGAAAAAGUAUCUGAACAUUUUGGAACUUGUCACAUUUUUGCAUAAAAUCACCAUCAAAUGUGAUCUGAUUUUUUUUUUUAAAUCACACAGAUGAAAAAAACAGUGUCUGCUUUAACUAAAACUACCCAAACAUUUAUAGGUUUUCAAUUUUUUAAUGAGGAUAGUAUGCAAACAAUAACAGAAAGGGGAAAAUAAGUAAGUGAACCCUCUGCCUAAGGAGACUUAAAGAGCAACUGAAACCAAUAUUUACCAAACAAUUUAAGUCAGGUAUGUGUGCCCAAUCACCGAUGAGUGGUUUAAAGCUGCCCUGCCCACUACAAAGCACACACUUGGUAAAAAAUGUCUUGAUGAGAGGCAUUGUCUGAUGUGCAUCAUAUACUUAAAUAAUGAUUUCACGGGGCAUGGUGCCAAUUAAUAGUGGUCCGAUCUCCGUCAAAGCUGACCGAGUCGAAACACAGACAAAGAGCUUUUCACGUUGAAAAAUCUUAUGAAUAAAUGCUUAAAUUUCUGAAUUCUUUACAGAUAAGGACGUAAAACAGUCUUGAUUCUUGGUUAACGCAGAAAAAAAUGGUCAGUUAGCAUUUAUUUUACUUAAAUAUGUCGGAUAUGCUGCUAGUCUUUAAGUCACUGUGGCACCGCCUCACCACAACAAGAGCUUUUUACGUUGAAAUUCUUGUGAAUAAAUGCUUAAAUCCAUGAAAGCUUCAUAGAUAUGGACGUAAAACAGUCUCAAUUCUUUGUUAAAAGAACAAAAAAAACAGGCAGUUAGCAUUUAUUUUACGUAAAUAUGUCGGAAGAAUGAUGCUAGUCUGUUAGACAAUAUGGCAGCAGCCUUACAACAAAGAGGGUUUUACGUUGAAAAUUCUUGUGAAUAAAUGCUUAAAUCCCUGAAUUCUUUAUAGAUAUGAAAGUAGAAAUGUCUCGAUUUUUGGUUAAAAGCAAAAAAACGGGGCGAUUAGCAUUUAUUUAACGUGAAUAUUGCUAACUAUGACGCCAACGCCGUCGCGGUUGAUUUCUCACAUUGAUUAUUUUCACGUUUCAAAAUGCAUGCAUUGUACGAAAAGACAUAAUAAUUAACUUGAAUCCUCGAACAAAUCACUCCUGAGACAAUCCUUCCUUUUUGGAUGCGGUACUGCUUUCGUACUUUUUCAACCUAAAUCCGGCGUUGGAUGGCUGCGUGCGGGUGUUUGAGAAUGACUCCUCUUGAUUUGGGUAGGCCCACUACUUGAAGGCGUGGCACAGGUGUGUGCCCAAUCACCGAUUAAUGGUUUAAAGCUGCUCUGCCCACUAUAAAACUCACAUCCGGAGAGAAUUGUCUUGAUGAGAAGCAUUGUCUGAGGUGCAUUAUGGCUCUGUCAAAAGAGCUGUCUGAAGAUCUGCGAUCAAGGAUUGUUGAGUUGUAUAAAGCUGGGAAAGGAUACAAAACCAUCUCUAAAAGUCUGGAUUUUAAUCAAUCGACAGUCAGAGAAGUUGUCUGCACAUGGAGAGAGUUUGGCACUGUUGGUUCUCUCUCAAGGAGUGGCUGUCCACCAAAGAUGGCGCCUGAAAGUUUAGCGCAGAAUACUCAGAGAGAGAGAGAAAAAAAAAGAACUUUAGAGUGUCUGCUAAAGAUUUACAGAAAUCACUGGCACAGUCCAAUAUCUCUGUGCACACAUCAACUAUAUUCAAAACUAUGGCCAAGAAUGGUGUUCAUGGGAGGAGUACACGGAGGAAGCCACUGCUGUCUUAAAAAAAAAACAUUGUUGCCAGUUUAAUGUUUGCAAAAAGGCAUUUGGACACUCCACAGAGGUUUUGUCAAAAUAUUUUGUGGACUGAUAAAACCAAAGUUGAAUUGUUUGGGAGUGACACAAAACAUCAUGUGUGGAGAAAAAAAUUGAACAGCUCACCAAAAUCAACACCACCGUAAAGCAUGGUGGAGGGAGCAUCAUGAUUUGGGGCUGUUUUGCUACCUCAGGGCCUGGACAACUUGCAAUCAUUAAUGGAAGAAUGAAUUCAAGUUUUGCAGGAAAACCUGGGGCCGUCUGUCAGACAGUUCAAGCUAAAAAGAGGAUGGAUGCUGCAUCAAGACAAUGAUCCAAAACACUGAGGUAAAUCAACUGCAGAUAGGUUUCAGAAAAGCAAAAUACACGUUCUGGAGUGGCAAAGUCAAAGUCCAGACUUGAACCCCAUUAAGAUGUCGUGGCAUGAUCUAAAGACAGCGAUCCCAGACAUCCCAGGAAUCUGACUGUACUACAGCAGCUUUAUAGAGAAGAAUGGGCCAAGAUUAGCCCUAAUUGAUCUGCCAGACUGAUCUGCAGCAAGUGUCUGGUUGAAGUUACUGCUGCCAAAGGGAUGACCACAAAAUAUGAAAUGUAAUGGUUCACUUACUUAUUUCCCCCCUUCUGUCAUUGUUUGCAUCCUAUCCUAAUUAAAAUAUGAAAAGCUAUAAAUGUUUGGGGUGGUUUUAGUUAAACCAGAGACUGUUUUUUCAUCUGUGUGAUUUUGACAAAGGUCAGAUCACAUUUGAUGGGGAUUUUAUGCAGAAAUGUGAGAAAUUCUAAAAGGUUCAGAUACUGUUUCAUACCACUGUAUUUCUGUCAAAGCAUCCUAAUAGAGGAAUGUCAAUUUUGGAAGCACUUUAUAGCUCAGGAUGAAAAAAAAACAUAACGUAACAACACUUAGCUGACACGCACGCACCCCCCCCCCCCCCAAAAAAAAAAAAACUCAAGCACAGGUAGGAAGAGGGAGGGGCUAAUUGCUAAUCAGCAUUUAAGGUGGCUAGACUUUACACCAGGGGUGUCUAACUCCAUUUAAACAAAGCAUAAAUGACACGCGUGCCACAAAAGAAAAAAAAUCAUUUAUUUAUGAUUCAUUUAUAUAAAAAAUGACAACAGUGAUCCUUCGUUUUUUUGCGGUUAAUGGGGACCAGAACCCGCCGCGAUAAGUGAAAAAGCGCGAAGUAGUGACCACCGCCCAUUUUUUUUUUAAUGGUCGUUUGUUUCUUUAGCUUAGUGUUGCCACAGCGCUCGCUCUCUCGCACUCGAACAAAUGGCUUCUAAAUUGACAGACACCGUACGCUGGCGAACCGACGUGCCUACUUAACGUCAGUAGGGGCGACGUUGCUGCUAAAGACGUAGCACCGAUAUCGAGAAUGAGUCCUUUUAUGAGCGAUUCGGACUUAUUUCGUCGAUGCCAAAACGCGAGUAUUUUAAAGAGAAAAAGGGGUUUUCCUUUGAAAGGUGGCUUCCUUUAGUUUUUCUGGCCUCGGCACCUACUGGCCGGAAAGGGGUCGGUCCUAACUACCUACGUUGAAUCUACGUUGCGCUUUUGUUUUGCGAGUAUCAUCUCUUUGUACGGAACGGCCGCCGGCCGUCCUAAUCUCUUGGUGUUGCUGAAAAUUUGCCCUGGUAGCUUGUGGAUUGCUAAAGUGCUCAGAUAAUACUGUAAGUGUACUGUAUAGCUGUACAAAGAGUGAUCAAUGGUUCUUUUCUUUGUUCCCGGCAUUGUUUUUUAAAAGAAGAAGAAAAAAAAUAUAUCAAAAGCGCUCGAAGAAGCCUUGCCUGUUUCAACUUCUCAUUUGAUGGUGGUCUGUAAUGCUAUUGUUAUUGAUUUGAUUGAACUCUCCUGCACUGAGAAGAAGACUGUAGCUCUGUGCACGGCGCCCCCUUGUGAUCCAGCUUGGUAUUUCCCAAUUUCUCCCUUUCCCUCCCGCCGGUUUUGGACUCAGUGAAAGUGUGAUGUUUACAUGUACAGUUUUUCACAAUGUUACUUUACGCAUUUUCUUCAGGAUGACCCUUUCCUCCCUAAUUGUGGUGACCAAAACUGUUUUGGUCGGGCGGCCUUCGUGUCACAUGGCUCAAAGUGCCUAAAUGAAAUAAAAUAGCUUGUCGGUGAAAGCAAAAACAAAAGUAUUCUCAGCUCAUCUCAGCUUUUUAUUUUUUAUUUUUUUGGUCAUCUUGUUCACUAAAAUUAUUUAUAUUGUUUUUCACUGCCCAUGACAAAAUAUGUGUGAGCCACUCUUUUUAUUUUUUUGUUUCUUACUAUUUUUAAAAUUUAUUAAUUAAAAUAAUUAUUUCAAAAAAUAAAAUUAAAUAUUUUUUUGUAUUAUGAAUAUUUUAUUUUGAUUAUUAAUAAUUAUUUUAAUUGUAUUUUUAAUUUGUUUAAUUGUAUUUUUUUUGUUUUGUUUUUUGUUUAUUGUACAUGUGAAAAUAUGAGCAGGCCACACGUUUUAACAUAUAUACAGUAAGGAAAAUAAGUAUUUGAACACAAUGUGAUGCAAGUUUUCCUACUUAUGAAUGAUUGGUGGGUUUGAAAUUGUCUAAAAAACAAUCAUCAUCAGAAAUCACAAUGUAAGAUUUUUUUAACAAUUUAUUUAUAUUAUACUGCUCCAACUCCUGUCAAUCAGCUAGAACUGUCAGCCUCAAAGACCUGUUAGUCACCUUUAAACAGUUCAAAAGAACGAAUAACAAUGAACUUUUUGUGUCUGAUAUUUUUUUACCUGUUCAAGGUGGUUAGCUGCAUAUAAACACCUGUCCACCCCACACAACCCAAAGAGCUCUCCAAAGGCACUAGAGACAGAAUUGUAGACCUCUACAAGAGGACAGAGACCUCUGGAAAGAGUUACGGGGCAAUUGCCAAGCAGCUUGGUGAUAUAAGAUCCACCAUUGGAGCAAUUAUUAGAACAUGGAAGAAGCUAAACGUGACUGUCAGUCUCCCUCGGACUGGGGAUCCAUGCAAGUUCUACCUCGUAGGGUCUCCUUGAUCCUAAGAACGGUAAGGAACCAGCCAAGAACUACACAGGAGGAGCUAGUCAAUGACCUGAAAGGAGCUGGGCCCACCAUUUCCAAUACCCCUUUCCCACUGGCCAAAAAACUCGCGUCAACCCGCUAACAGUCGGCUUUUGGUGGCAGUGGGAAAGGUGCAACGACCCGCCUCGACCCUUGUCAAUCAACCCGCCAAGCAACCCGCGUUAAAAUCACCUCGGCUCUGAUCGUCAUGCAGUGUGAAAGCAAAACCCCGGGUCAACAGUCAACGUGGUGACGUAGGCUCUUACGUGAUGCGUCAUAACAACGUGCCAGUCGCCGGAUCCACAUACGGCGAGCAGUCUGUGUAGCAGUGUUAGCAAUAGCCAUAACAGAUGAAACAAAGGCUCUUCUCCCCCUUCUGUGACUUACACGACUCCUUUCAGUUUCAAACCAAAAUUCACGUCGCCUAUGUUGCCUCAGCACAAGCAGAGUGUUGAUCCUUUACUGCCAUGUUGCUCUGCAUUGUUUACUUCCUUGAACCGAAUGAAUUCGGUCGCGCAUCUUAGCGUGGUGACGUCACGUAACCUUACGCACGGCUGAGGAGGGGUGGGGGUUAGACGGGUGAAAAAAAAAAAAAGACACGGCUUUUUUUUGUCAAUGGGAAAGGUGCCAAAUGCCAAUUGCUAGUGGGUUGCAUCGGCUUGGAAAAAGCACGCGUUGACCCACUAGUUUCAGUGGGAAAGGGGCACAAGUUUACUGUUGGUAAUACACUAAGACGUCAUAGUUUAAAAAUCAUGCAUGGCACGGAAGGUUUAACUAGUACAUGUCCAGGCUCGUUUUAAGUUUGCCAAUGACCAUUUGAAUGAUCCAGAUGAGUCAUGGGAGAAAGUUAUGUGGUCAUAUGAGAUCAAAAUGGAAUUUUUGUGAUCUUAAUUCCAUUCAUAGUGUCUGGACGAAGAAGAAUGAUGAGUACCAUCCCAAGAACACCAUCCCUACUGUGAAGCAUGGGGGUGGUAGCAUCAAUCAAUCAAUCAAUCAAUCAACUUUAUUUGUAUAGCACAUUUAUCAUGCUUUGGGGGUGUUUUGCUGCACAUGUGACUGGACAACUGCACUAUAUGAAGGAGAGGAUGACCAGGGCCAUAUAUCGUGAGAUUUUGGGGAAUUACCUCCUUCCCUCAGUGCAUUGAAAAUGGGUCGUGACUGGGUCUUCCAACAUGACAAUGGCCCGAAGCAGACAGCCACAAUAACCAAGGAGUGGCUUCUUAAAAAGCAUAUCAAGGUUCUGGAGGGGCCUCGCCAGUCUCCAGAACCUAAACCCAAUAGAAAAUCUUUAGAGGAAGCACAAACGUGUUUCUCAGUGACAACCCCAGAAACCUGUUUGAUCUAGAAAAGAUCUGUGUGGAGCAGGGGUGCAAAAUUCCGGCUGCCAUUGAUUUUCUUAGGUGUUCAAAUACUUAUUUGCAGCAGUAUAAUACUAAUAAAUUAUUUUUUUUUAAAUCAUACACUGUGAUUUCUGGAUUUUUUUUUUUCUUCUUAUAUUGUCUCCCACAGUGGACAAGCACCUACCACGAAAAUUUCAAACCCGCCCAUCAUUUCUAAGUAGAAGGACUUGCAAAAUUGCAGGGUGUUAAAAUACUUACUUUCCUCACCGUAUUUCGUUUUGAAGAUGUGUGACACGUGUGUAAUUUUAAACAAUUUGAUGUACUUUAAGUAAUGUAUUUUUUAUUACGUUAUAAUUUAUAAUUUAUGUUUAUAUAUAUAUAUAUACAUACAUAUACAGUAUAUAUAUGUUGACUGUCUGCCCUAAGGGAGCUGUGAUGGCCAAAUGAAGCUUCUAGAAACAAUGACGCUUUGCAGCCAAUUGGUUCAGAGCUUCAUGGUGGUUCAUUUGGUCACAUGACAGUCAUAUGAUGCCGCUGUCAAGUAAAGUGUUACCGGUUAAUAUCUUAUGGUGGAAAUAUCCCAUAGUACAGUGAGGUCAGCUGCGGCUUAUAGUCCAGUGCGGCUUAUCUAUGAAAAAUGCCGUUUUCGUAUCAAUUUUGGUGGGUGGCGGCUUAUAGUCAGAUGCGCCUUAUAGUGCGAAAAUUAUGAUAUAUGAAUUGAUGUUUAUCAAUCUUAUUUUGAAUUGAAUUUAAAUCACUUGAUUGAAACGAUCCUUUUUUUCAUGAGGCCAAAUGCACAGAGUAAGUAAUAGUACACUUUGAUGUCAAAUAGGGGGCCGUUCGUUGUCCGUCCGUGAUUUUGAGACCCCCUGAUAUAGCGUGACACGAAGGCUCGUUGGUCCUAAAGCAGUUUUGGUAGCUAAGAUGAAUCUGACCGAGUCCAAUCGGCAUUUUUUUUGGGAGAGCGGUGUCGGCCGCCCGCUAAAGUAUAAGCCAUUCCCCUCUCCUGGCCUUUACGGGGAAGCCAUAAAGCUCAGGAAGUCGUCCGGCUCCCCGAACGCCCGUUAGUUUGCGUCCGUCCGCUGACUCGAAUCACCAUGAACAUUUCUAUGGAGAUGUCUAUUCUUUUCUACAUUUCUCAUUGUCUUUGCAAAGUUUUACAGUUCGUGGAGUGUUUAUAAGUAUGGAUAUUUAUUAUUCUAUGUGGAAAU